UAGUAAGUGUAUAUCACAAGUAGUGAUGACCAGUUGAUUGGCAGAGAAGCAAAGAAAUGCUCUGCUGCUUCACACCCAAAUUUCCUUUUCCAUUUCCCCUUGAUCUUUCAUGUAUUAAACCCCCCAGAAGUUAGAGAGAAAUGGAGGCAAGUGCAGGAAUGGUUGCUGGAUCACAUAAGAGGAAUGAAUUGGUUCGAAUUCGCCAUGACUCUGAUAGUGGGCCGAAACCCAUUACGCCUCUGAACAGUCAGAUUUGCCAAAUUUGUGGUGAUACUGUCGGAUUGAAUGCCAUUGGUGAUGUCUUUGUUGCUUGUAAUGAGUGCGCAUUUCCUGUUUGCCGGUCUUGUUACGAGUAUGAACGCAAAGAUGGAAAUCAAUCAUGUCCCCAGUGCAAGACAAGAUACAAGAGAUAUAAGGGGUGUCCACGAGUGGAUGGAGAUGAUGAUGAAGAUGAUGUUGAUGACAUCGACAAUGAGUUCAAUUAUGCCCAAGGCAAUAGCAAGGCCAGACGCCAAACUGAGUUGUG